AUGACUAUCAUGAAAUCUAUCUCAUCCAUGGGCAACGUUGCCUCUGCCUCCUCGAUGACCAAGAGCACUGUGUCAGCCUCAAGCAUUACUGGACUUGGACAGGGUGGCAAUGAGAAUGCUGGACUCCUCGGAUGUGGACUGACCAGAACUGUUGGUGGUACAGUCAUUGCCGUUGAGAACGUUGUCAAUGGAGUCCUGUUCACUGUCCUUGGACUGGUUGAUGGUCUCUUGGGAGGUGUAUGCUUG